AUGAUCCACGACAACCUCGCGGACAGCCUCCACUACCACAACGAGCGACUCGCGCUUCCACCAAGCUACCGAGCAGUGCCUCCACCGGCUAUCCUGCAGCAGCCACCCGCACAGCAUGACACUGGAGAUCCAGAGAGCCCUGGACAUUGGAGCGUGGUGGCCGAGAACGAGCAUGAGAACUCCGAACGCAACAAUGACAUGGUGCCAGGACAACGGAUGCCGAUGGAGACUGAUGAUGUCGACUGGAGACAGCUGAUGUCGACCUUAGGGCCGACCCAACCUGCUCAGUUGGCCCUGGUGCCGAACAUGAUGACAAAUGCUACGGGAGCACGACCUUACAGUGCGGGCUACGAGCACGCCUACCUCAAGGGACUGUGGAGCUCUUUCGUCAAGAGUUCGGAGAACGCCUACGGACAACGCCAGGAGCCCAUUCCCUACGACCACGCCUAUCGGGACUUGCCAGCCACCUG